AUGAGUGACGGCGCGGCCAACGCAGACCCGUUGGAACUGCUUGCGAAGGCCAUUGGCCGGACUCGCACGACGAUAACAGAUGUGGCGGAGGCCCAGCUGGGCAGCGCCACGCCAUGCGCGGAGUGGGACGUCUGUGGUCUGAUGAACCACAUGCUGGGCGGGCUGGAGUUCACCGCCGGAUGCAUGGCGGGGAGCCCGCCGGACCUGCGCCCGACGGAGGCGGACAGCAGCCUUGCCGGACAGCGAGACCUGGACGCGCUGAUUGGGGCGUACGAGAACCAAUCGGAGCGGCUGUUGCGUAUGGCCGCGGAACCGGGAAUGCUGGACCGGAUCGUCGCGUCUCCGUUCGGGGAAAUGCCCGCGGCCCGUUUUCUGGUUGGCACCGUCAUGGAUCAAACCAUCCACUUCUGGGACCUGGCCAAAGCAACCGGGCAGGACGCAUCGCUGUCGCACGAGUUGGUGGAGUACACGAUGGCGAUGCUGUCCUCGGGGUUCGCAGAACAGGGUCGCGCCAUGGGGUUCAUCGGGCCGGAAAUCGCCGUGCCAGAUGGGUCCAGCGAACAGGACAAACUGAUCGCUUUCAUGGGCCGACAGCCGUAA